GGCUACACCACUCUCCUCUUUCUCUCUCUUUUACUCUCUCUCUCUCUCUCUCUCGGGGGAAUUGGGGGUUAGGGUUUAGGGGAAUUGGGGGUGCGACCAUGGUGGCGGACAAGGGGAAGAAGACGAAGGUCGCGGAGAACGAAGAAGCCGAUCAUGUCGACGGGGAGCUCGUGCUAUCGAUUGAAAAGCUACAGGAGAUACAGGAUGAGCUCGAGAAGGUUAAUGAGGUGGCAAGUGAUAAAGUUUUGGAGGUAGAGCAGAAAUAUAAUGAGAUUCGCAGACCUGUCUAUUUAAGACGGAAUGAGAUUAUCAAAUCCAUCCCGGACUUCUGGUUAACUGCGUUUCUUAGUCAUCCUGCUCUUUCUGAACUCAUCACUGAAGAAGACCAGAAGAUUUUCAAAUUUUUGGCUUCAUUAGAUGUUGAGGAUUCUAAAGACGUGAAAUCAGGCUAUUCCAUUAUAUUUAACUUCUCCCCUAACCCCUACUUUGAAGACACAAAGCUGAUAAAGACAUAUUCAUUCACUGAGGAAGGAACAACCAAUAUAAGUGGCACGGCUAUUAAAUGGAAGGAGGGUAUGGAUCUUGCUAACGGUGAUGCACAUGAGAAGAAGGGGAGCAAGCGACCUUUUGCAGAAGAGAGUUUCUUUAGCUGGUUCAGUGAGACGCAACAGAAAAAUCUUUCAGAUGGAGUUGAUGAGGUAGCUGAGAUAAUCAAGGAAGAUUUGUGGCCGAAUCCAUUGAAGUACUUCAAUAAUGAGGCUGAUGAGGAUUUUGAUGGGGAGGAGGAUGACGACGAAGAGGGAUCUGGAGACGAGGAUGGAGAUCAGGAUGACGACGAAGACGAUAAUGACGACGAAGACAACUAAACCCUUCUUGCAUGUGGCGUGGGCAAAUUUAUGGUCUAAAAAAGAAGAGAAACAGAGGAGCCUGUUUGAUCAUCGGGUUUUAUUUUCGCAGAUGCCAUUUUCUGUUCGUAACUUAACUGCAAGUCUUGUUAAAUUUGUCCAUCUAUGCAGAAGCCUUUAAGUUUAUUUUGAGUAGAAGUAAGCAGCAGAUAUCUCUCAUUCUAGGCCUUAAACUUAUCUUUUAUCUUUCCCGAGUAUACUGCUCCCUGUAUUCUGUUUCUCGACUUUUUUGCGUUUUCUUUUCUCCCUUUUGUUGAACUUACAUCUAAUUGGAGUAUAGUUUUGGGAGUAUAGUUUGGGAUUAUUUCAUUCUCGGUUAGGGCCGAAAUUAAACUUGUUUAACAUAUGUUA